CUUAAAAGAAGCGGCUUUUUAAAGACAGUAUCAGACAGCCACAGUUGGAUGUGCUAAAUUUACUUCUCAUGUAUCUGAUCAUGUACACAUUCAUUUUAAGUACGUGUAGCCCAGGUAACAGAGCUUUAGACCAAGAUUGUGCAUCUAUAGUAACGUAACGAGGCUCACGUUUCUUGGCCUGUUUUUAUUAGCUCCUGAAAUAGCACCUGAAAAUGUAGCCCUGCAGCCCUUGCCCGGCAACAGAAUGCUGGUAUCAUGGGAUCCGCUUCCUGACGAAUUCACAAACGGCCAGCUAAUAGGGUACAUCAUUUACCUGAGAUUCUACAAGAAUGAAUACGAGUGGUAUGAUGAUGGCGAAUUGGGACGGAGCGUUAACGUCAGUUCAUCAGAAACCCAGGUCAUUCUAGAUGACUUGGACGGUGGCAGACGUUACCAAGUCUCAGUUGCUGCAUUUACGGUUGAUGUAGGACCAAAAUCGAAUUGGGAGACUUUUAUGGUUGGAUGUGAAGGUAGUUUCUAUGGACACUUCGGAGAGUUUAACGUCACUCAAUGGGACUGGGAGGAACUAUACUGCAGCUGGACAAUACACAAUCCCGGCUUAAGUGAUCCAGUACUAUACAUUGCUGCCCACGAUGUCCAAUUGAGAUCUUGCGAGUAA